GUCAAAGGCGAUAUCAAGCAUGGCUGAAUUACACUCAAAACAACUUUAGCCAACAGGACAAGCUGUGGAAAAUAAACGAAACCAACGUCUAUUUGAAAGAAAACAUCUAGCUAUAGAAAUUACCACAUAGAAGGACACAUUCGUUUUAUAUAAAACCGACCAUGCCAUCUGUGUGCAAUUCGCUCAUCGAUGACAUCGAGGACAUGGUGUCCGCUCAGGACCUCACGCCGAACGAGCGCCAAUUUGUCAGAAAGAGCAUCGUGCCACGAGCGCGGAGGAGGAAAGAGCAGCAGGUCGCCGAAGAGUUAGAGGCGGACAGCAUCAUCCCCGGCACACAGAAGAUCUGGAUGAAAACUUGGGGCUGCUCCCACAACAACUCGGACGGAGAAUACAUGGCUGGACAGCUGGCGGCCAGUGGAUACAAGAUGACCGAGAACCCGGCCGAGGCCGACCUGUGGCUCCUCAACAGCUGCACCGUGAAGAACCCGGCCGAGGACCACUUCAGGAACUCCAUCAGGAAAGCUCAAGAGCAGGAUAAGAAAGUCGUGGUGGCGGGAUGUGUACCACAGGCUCAACCCCGAAUGGACUACCUGAAAGGCCUAAGUAUCAUUGGGGUGCAGCAGAUUGACCGAGUGGUGGAGGUGGUGGACGAGGCAGUGAAAGGUCACUCGGUGCGCCUGUUGGGUCAGAAAAAGGAUAAUGGAAAGCGGUUGGGGGGAGCGCGAUUGGAUUUGCCGAAGAUUAGGAAGAACCCACUGAUAGAAAUCAUUUCCAUCAAUACCGGAUGUUUGAAUGCCUGCACGUACUGCAAAACCAAGCACGCUCGGGGAGACUUGGCCAGCUAUCCUAUUGAGGAGCUUGUGGAGCGAGCCAGACAGUCCUUCCUGGAGGGCGUGUGUGAGAUCUGGCUGACCAGCGAGGACACGGGGGCGUAUGGGAGGGACAUCGGCACGGACCUGCCCUCGCUGCUGUGGAGGCUGGUGGAGGUGAUACCCGAGGGUGCCAUGCUGAGGCUGGGCAUGACCAACCCGCCUUACAUCCUGGAGCACCUGGAGGAAAUGGCCAAAAUCCUCAGUCACCCGCGGGUGUACGCCUUCCUGCACGUGCCCGUCCAGUCCGGCUCCGACAGCGUGCUGAUGGACAUGAAGAGGGAGUACUGCGUGGCCGACUUCAGGCUCGUCGUCGACUUCUUGAAAGAAAAGGUGCCUGGCAUCACCAUCGCCACCGACAUCAUCUGUGGCUUCCCGGGGGAGACGGACUCGGACUUCCAGGAGACGCUGGCGCUGGUGGAGCGGUACCGCUUCCCCAGCCUCUUCAUCAACCAGUUCUACCCCCGGCCCGGCACCCCCGCCGCCAAGUAUGAGCAGGUCCCCGCCCACGUGAAAAAACAAAGGACAAAAGAACUCUCCCAGCUGUUCCACUCGUACAACCCCUAUGAUCACAAGGUUGGUGAAAGACAACAGGUGCUUGUGACAGAGGAGUCCUUUGAUGCCCAGUUCUAUGUUGCCCACAAUAAAUACUAUGAGCAGGUCCUGGUCCCUAAAACCCCGCAGUUCAAGGGCAAGAUGAUCGAGGUGGACGUCUACGAGUCGGGCAAGCACUUCCUGAAGGGGCGGCCGGUGGACAUGGCCCGGGUCCUGACCGCCUCCAUCGCCCGGCCCCUGGAGAAGGGCGCGGUGUCCGGACUGACCCAGGAGUUUGGGGCGCCUCUUCAAAAUGGCGUGCAUGUGGGCCCGCCCCUGAGCACGAGCCAGCCGUGGAGACUGGACAGAGAGGCGCUGAAAAUGCUGUCCGUGGGACUGAUCUUGCUCUCCCUCAUCGUGGCGUUCGCCGUGGAGAAGCUCCAGUGAGCCCAGGAGCGGGAGAGGCUCAUCCAGUCGCUGUGUGAGCGUCAAGGGCCGGAGGAAGACCCUGCCAGAACCAACAAGUCAAGGAUCCUUAGGACACUGUUGCAGAGAUUUACAUCGAACGUGUGAUUGUCAAGUAUUUAUUUUUCAAUGGCAAUGUUGUAAAGAUUAGGGGAAUAUCUAUAUUUUGGUAAUGAAUACGCAUCUUAAUUCCCUCCCCUGCAUCAGUCGCACUCCGUAUGUUUAUUGCAAAGAAUGGAUACUCUCCCAAGUUUUAAAAUUAGUUUUAAAAGUCACACUAUUAUCACACUUUUAUAGCUGAGAUUUACAUUGGAUUAUGUUUCGUUUUUUUUUUUGUUCUUUUUUUUUUCUUCCCUUCCCCCAGUUGUGCUUGGUUUUCGGAACAAGGUGUCUCAUUAUCUGCCCUGGACAGCAACUGAAUUUUAUUUUAUUUUAUUUUUUUGCUCAUGCGCUCAACAUAAAGAAACCAUAAUAAACCAAACUGCAGCAAUCUU